ACUGACCGUAAGUAAACCAUUCUCAUAAGCACGCCACGCACGUGUCGUUGGACUCAGCACACUCACUGUGAAUGGAAUGGCGGCAUUUCUUUGAAACACUCACUCGUCCCAUACGCAACACCGAACAUCAUGCCCGUCGGCAUUUCGCUCGGAAACAUCGCUCUCCCAUUGCUCCCUCCCCAUCUGAUGGGGAAUGUACUAACGACACACGCACUCGUAUUGCUAGCACUAGAGACCUGCUCGGCUGACUGACACACGUCUCUCACAGACCCACAAUCAAAUCACACUCAGACCUAACACUCACUGGCCGACUCAGAGACGCACGGCUAGCUUACUUACAGCAAAUAACCACCUCCCUCCCUGCCUCCCUCCGUGAAUCAGUUGGCCUCUGCUUGUCUGGUGCUGGCCUCCUCUUGUAUGGUCGCAGCCCUCCUCAGCAGCGCAGACCUCGCCGGCGUCAUGGGAGUGUUCAUCGAAGCGUAUGGCGACCCGGUCGGCCCGAAUGAUAGUGUCCACGCGCCACUUCCCACACUGACCGUGUCAUGCCGAUCCCUCUCCCUCUCCCUCCCCCCCUCAAGGCCGAAUCGGCUCAUCAGCGGCUGCUUACUCUCAUCCUCGUCUCGGCUCUUCCUCCUCGAUGACGACGCACGGGAGGGCCACAACGAGCUGAGGAACGACGGCUUCCUCUCCUGCCCACCACUUCCUCCUGCUGCCGCCGAUGCACUAGCACUAGCGCUAGCACUUGCACCGGCACUGGCAGACCGUUGGUGGUGGUGCUGCUGCUGCUGCUUCUGCUGCAGUUCCGUAGGGCCGUUUUCCAUCGGUGUCUGGUCGCUGGAGCAUGGCGGUGAUGACUUCGGUGGGGGGAAGGAUGUGUAGGGCGCCGAGGGUGAGGAUGAGUCUGGCGGGAGGCCGGAUGGGGCCGGUGCUGCUGCUGGUGCUGCUGAAGAGCCUCCCGGCUGGUUGCCGCUGUCGUUGUUGGGACUCAUUGCGGUGGGCAGCAUGGGGGCCUCCAGCUUCUCACUCUUGGGGACGAGGCACACCAAAGGGGUGUAGAUGACGUUGGCCAACAUGUACACAAGAGCUGAUAGAUACACAGAGAAAGGGGUGGAAAGAGACACAGAGAGACAGAGAGGGCGUGUACAGUUCAGUCACCUUGCUUGCUGCAGUGCAGUGCCCUAUGCUUCCGUGGUCGUGUUGGCCGCGCCAUGCGCGCUACCAAUUUACUUACCAGUGAUUUGGAAGGUGAACCUGUAGUCCUUGGUGUCGGCCAGCCAGCCCCCAAACAAGGCCGAUGCUGCCCAGGUGCUCGUUAUCAGCGACUGCAGGGACGUCCACUUGCCUGAAUGAAUGAAGCACGGAAGGUCACACACAGAUGAAGGAAGGAGUCAUGUAUGGAUGAGUGGUGUGAAUGUGCCCAGGGAGGGGACCGGACCUACCUCUGUUUUUGCUCGAGACAAAGUCCGCGAUGAUAGAUCGGUCGAUGGGCGUGGAGGCGUUCUGCAGUGACCCCCUGAGGAUGUGCACAGUGACUGCCACCCAGAAGUUGCGGGCCACGGAGAGACCCACCAGGCACCUGCACACAGGGACAUACAUGAGCACUGGCUGCUCUCUCCUUCCGCCCGUCGUGUGUGUCCCAUUUGUAUGGCUGCGUACAGGCAGCCCGCGACGGUGAAGUAGAGGGACACCUGAGCCCGACCAAGAGAGGCCCCCAUGUACUGAACCACUGCAAACACGCACAGAGGAAGACGUGUCCGUGUGGUUGGUGUGGUGUGGUGCCACAAGCUUUGCGGCUGACGACUGACCGAAGGUCAUUGCAGCGAUGGCGAGUGUGUAGAACAACUGGACUGUGAGGACCCCCGUCGGUUUGAGCCCAUACUCCUUCUUGAAGAACAGGUUGAAAUACUUGACCGUCAUCCCUAUAGGCAGCCACACAACACACAAUAAACCGCCCACGUGCAGUGCACGUCGAGACCGAAACAAAGGAGAUAGGCACCCAUGCAUUAAUGGGUCCUCCCUCCGCUCACUCACCGGCGCCGGCAAAGGUGACGAAAUGAGAAAAGAAGACGAUCCACGGGAUGUGCCGCUCGUCGAAACACACGCACCGCAUGUCCGUCCGCCUCCUAUCGUCAUAUUCCGCAGCAGCAGCAGCGGCCGCACUGCCACCGGCGUCAGCCUUUUGGCUCUUCAUCAGCAGCUGCCUCCUGCUGUCAGUUGACGGCACCUUGUCGGUCCAGGCCCACAGGAUGAGAGCCUGUGGGAGGCUGACCAGGAGGCCGAAGAACAUGACUGCCCGCAGUAUGGCAACAUCCCACACGUCGCCGAGCCUCCUGAAGAGGAAGAUCUGAACGAGUGGCCCCAGGCCGUUCGAGAGCGUGGUGAUCGCGCGACGGUACACAUAGAACCGGCUCCUCUCCCCUAAAACACACACACGCACACACGCACACAGUGAGUGAUGUGAUGGAGAGCACCUUCGUGGACGACAAAGCUAAGCACCUUGUUACCUUGUGGAAUGCUCUCUGCGUAGAGGGCCUCCGAGGCGACGAAUGCAAACUCAUACCAGAAGCGCCAGGCGAUGGUCACGGCAUACCAGGCGUACUCGUAGUCCGUCUGGAGGGCAUAGUAGUUGGUGGCGAUGCACACGGCCGUGACCAACGAGCACACUUGAAGGAUCUUGGACCGACGCGUGACGAAGUAGGGGUGGUCGCACAGCAGGCCGGCCGGCAUCGACACCAGCAGAGUCGUCAUGCCGCCCAGAAACGUGAACCAUCCCACCUGCACCAACAACAACCACCACACGGGGCGGGGCGACCAGUAUGCCAGUCUGUCAGCCACGCCAUCUCUCUGCCAUCUGUCUGUCUGUCUGUCUGACCUUGGUGUUAGUGCCGAAUUGCAGGUGCAGGUAUUGGUCGAAGAUGUAGCCCGACCGCGUGACGUAGGCCACACCGUUGAAGAAACGAAACAAAAACCUGGAUGGGAUGACAUGACAGGCAAGACAGACAGACAGACGACAACCCAACAAAGGGCGUGUCUGUUCAUUCGCUGUUUGUUUGUUUGUUUGUUUGUUUGAACGUGCGUGUGUAUGCGCUGCUCACAUGAGCCAUAUGUUGCGAUUGAGGACGACAUCUCCCAUUGUCUGACUCUCCCCAGAUUCCAAUCACAUCACACUGGAGCAGCUGCUGACGAGCGCGCGGCAGCGGCAGCUAGCUACCGCAGGAAGGAUGGCCUUGCGGAGUAGCUGUGUGCACGCGGGAAGGGCAGCUCCCGUCGGUCAGUCCAGCUUCGUUCUCAAACCACAAGCAACCGAGUCAACACUGAGAUCUCGCCUGUCAAUCAAAGACCUUACAGCAGAUCCUCCUUCACCAUGCAGGGCACCCCUGUGUCUUCGCAAGAAUUUCAG